AUGUCGGCGCUUUUGACCCGCGAUAUCCGUUCUCCAGCAAACUCAAUGCCCACCUCGCAUUGGUCGGCUUCGGAUUUCGCUGGCGCCGUUGCCGUUGCCUCGCCACUCUCUCGGUCAACCCUAACUAGGUCACUGACUACCGAAGACGGGGGUUCGGUCCAGCAUCACAUCCAAACGUUUCACCGUUUCACCGUAUUACAAGGUUCUCUAAGAAGCGGUCACUAUAUGCUGAAGCUCUCAGUCAUGUACCGCAAGCCCCGUCUAUGUGCUUCCAGAAGGACCCGGCCUGUCUCAUCGCGUCGCAUUGAAUCGAACUCUACCCAAUCCCCUUUCACGGUUGAUGCCAAACUCGACCCAGACUCUUCCUACAGCACUGCUAUAUCGCUCAUGCUGCUGGAUAUUCCCGUCGCUUCACCUGUUGGUAGCAUGCGGGAUAUUGAUGACGGGAGCUUAAUGUCAAAUCUAGAAGCAAGUGUCGACACCAUUCUAUUGGCUGCACCUUGCACAUCUUCUUCAUCCCGCGGGAGACAACUUAUGGCGCUGGCUUGUUCUCUUCCAUCCGCCUCACUCUUCUUCAUCAUACCUAUCUCAGACAAAAUCCAACAGCGCUAUCAACAAUAUUGCUUCGGCCUUCAUUUACCCAAUUCCCUUGGCAACAGUGCACGAUUGCGGAGAGAUAUUUCCUUGAACAGCCAAGCUUUCUGUUUAGUCGAUUCAGGGACCUACGUACGGGCAUAUGGAGCAAUCGCGGUGCUACCUCAGCUAGGGAUGCGCUGUGUUGAUUUGGAGUCCCAGCCUCCGCUCCAGCUUUAUUCGUACACACGUACGGAAACUCACUCCGCCAUAGUCUGGGAGGUAAACGAUAGACUAUUGAUCACCGAUAGUAAAGACGGCCAAUGUCAUGCCAUUGUCCUUUCACCUCCGCCUACAGAGUUUGUUCGAGUACGAGUUGGCCUAUCGAUCAAGCCAUGGGUAAAUCAAACUUCAAGAAUAGCAUUGCAGGCCCGGCAUGAUACACAAACGUCAAUGUCGCUGAGAUACUUGGACACAUUGGAAUUGCCCUAUCAAAGCCCCGAUCUAGUCAUGAUACAUAGCACCACUCGCUCCUCUGCAUGUCUCACACAUGCUGCUGAACUCCUUGAACCGAAGGUGUCGUCGACCUUGAAAAGGACCGCUUGUUCUCCAAAUCCAAACCCCAACAACCCCAAAGAAAAUGCAGGGAUUUUCUCCUACCUGCAUUAG